AUGGACUUCCUCAAGUCCGCUGUUGCCUCUGCCAUCGCCAAAGGCAGCUCCUUUCCAUACUCACUCGGAGACCGAGUCGACAUUUCGGAUUCCAUAUGGACACUUCACAAUGCCACGAAACGCGACGACGGCUCGGCAUGCAGCAUUUUCACCUUUGAUAUUACCCCGUCCAACAAAUCCCGUCUGCCUCUGGCGAAGAACGCGGUGCGAAAGUCCCGAACACUGAGACACCCAGGCGUGAUCAAAGUGCUAGAUACGAUUGAGACAGAGUCGAACAUUUACAUUGUAACGGAACGAGUGGCCCCCCUGUCCUGGCAUGUGAAGCGAAGGAGUCUGGGUGAGGAAAUUUGCAAAUGGGGUUUACAUACAGUGGCGUCCACGCUCAAGUUUAUCAACGAAGAUGCUUCAUCCGUCCAUGGCGCUGUGAGAGCGUCGUCCGUAUACUCCAGCGAAAGCGGCGAGUGGAAGCUAGGGGGUUUUGAUGUCCUGAGCUCCAUGAACGAUGAAGAUGCAGUUAUAUAUACAUAUGGCAGUCUUGUGCCGGAUGCCGCUCGAUACACUCCCCCGGAGGUUGUCAAGAGUGGAUGGGAUACCAUCAAACGCCAUCCGCUCGCGGCCAUCGACGCUUACGGGCUCGGCAUUCUAAUCUAUGAGGUUUUCAAUGGCGCUUUUUCAGGUGGGGAUCAAGUGGGCAGAACGACGAAUAUCCCACCCACCAUGCAUCAAAGCUACAAGCGACUCUGUACGGCCAAUCCCAAACUACGGCUGAGCCCGGCGCAUUUCGUCGAGCAAGGAAAGAAACAUGGCGGCUUUUUCCAGACCCCUUUGAUCCGGUUGACGGACGGCAUAGAGAGCUUGGGGUUGAAGAGCGACACAGAACGGGAUGAAUUCAUCAAUGAACUGGAUGAGGUCGCUGAAGACUUUCCCGAGGACUUUUUCAAGAUGAAGGUCCUUCCAGAGCUAUUGAAAUCGGUCGAAUUUGGCGGGGGUGGCCCGAAAGUCCUGAGUGCUUUGCUGAAGAUCGGUGGGAAGCUGUCACCAGACGAGUAUAAUGCCAAAUUAACGCCGGUCGUUGUUCGGUUGUUUGGGAACCCCGAUCGAGCACUACGGGUGUGUCUACUGGACAAUCUACCAUUAAUGAUCGAUAACCUCCCCCAAAAGGUCGUCAACGACAAGAUCUUUCCGCAGAUGACAUCUGGAUUCACCGACGUGGCCCCGGUGGUCCGAGAACAGACUGUCAAAGCCGUGCUGGUAUUGAUAGUUAAACUGAGUGACCGGACUAUUAAUGGCGAGCUGCUGAAAUUCCUGGCACGGACUGCCAACGACGAACAGCCGGGCAUUCGAACGAACACUACCAUCUGCUUGGGCAAAAUUGCGAAGAACCUGGGGCAAGGCUCAAGAAGUAAGGUCCUCAUUGCCGCUUUCACACGAGCUCUUCGGGAUCCAUUCGUGCAUGCUCGAAAUGCAGGGCUGCUUGCCUUGGGUGCCACGAUGGAAUUUUUCUCCGACGAAGACUGUGCAGGCAAAGUCCUCCCCGCUAUCUGUCCUUCCCUUUUGGAUAAAGAGAAACUCAUUCGAGAUCAAGCGAACAAGACGCUGGAUUUGUACCUGCAGCGUGUACGCAAAUUUAGUAGCACGAUGGCCGACACGAUGUUGCCGCCCUCAUCCAGUCCUGACACUACCAAAGAUGCUGCUCGUAUGGAGACGCCAAAUGAUAAGUCCUGGGCGGGAUGGGCGAUUUCUUCGUUCACUAAUAAGAUCACGGCGGCCAACGGCGAGAUUCAACCCACAGCCAACGGGGGCAAACCCCCCGUGGAGACUGAACCUGCUCGGUCCUCGUCUGUGCCUCGUGCGACCAAACCCUCCCCCUUGACGAAGGAGGCCCUACGACCUACGGCGCAGCCUCUCGGCCGGUCGCUAUCGGAACAGCCCGUCCGCGUCACUAAAGAGGAACAAGAUACGGACGACGUCUACGACGCAUGGGGUGCCAUGGAUGACGAUGACGAUGGCCAGGACCAGUGGAAAGACGAAGAUCCAUUUAGCCCUGCCUCAACCACGAACUCGUCCACCGGCCUCUCUGCAGCACCCAAGGCAGCCCCCGUACCCUACGAUGAUGGUGGAGAACCGGAUUUUGCGGGCUGGCUGGCGGCACAAUCCAAGUCCAAGAAACCAUUACCCAAGGGAUUGAGUAAAACCACCACGACAACCACGUCAGUUCCCCGAACGGCCAGUCGGAAUAAUGCGAGUAAGCCCAAGACAGCGACGGCUCAUGCAAAGAAGAUUGACACGAAACCGAAGGAUGAUGAGGUGGAUGAUGGCUGGGGAGAUGCAUGGGAUUAA